AUGACGCAGCUUGCAGCUGAAAUGUGUGAAAACCACGACGUACCGCACUACGCCCCGCGUAUGCAUAAACCAAGCCUAAAACUUAAAGCAUUUUCACACUGCAUCUUAGCGUCGGUGUGGUGUGGUGUGCGCGGUGAUGUCGUUAUGGAGGUGGUGCUGCCGCUGGCGGUGGUGUGCGUGCUGGUGAGCGCAGCACCCAACGCGACGCGAGCGCGCCACCCCGACGAACUGCCCGAGGAGCCGGUCCUACCUGAUGAUGAUGAGGAACUGCUGCACAAACUCGACUACUAUGAUGAGGAACGAAUCAAUAUUUCAGAGUUUUUAGAUAUAUUACAGCAAAAUAAACUGAUUAUGAUUGCACGAUUAGCGCAGCGGCUGAGUAAAAGACUGCUGUGCAACGUGUCGUGGGUUCGAUUCCUGCGUGGGCAGAAAGGCAUGUACCUGGGGUCGCCGUGCGAGUUUACCUGCAACCCCAAGCUCAUGCACGUGUACUGCGACCCCACGACGGCCUCCUGCCAGUGUGACCCCAAGCACCCGGUCGCCGUCGGCGUGGCCCAGGGAUGCGCUAAAGCUAAGAAAUUGGGUGAACAGUGCUUCUACCGCGAGACGUGUAAGGCAUUCGACAGUCACGCGUCAUGCGUGCAGGUCAACCACAAUGCGUACUGUCAAUGCGACUCCGGCUACCAUCAGACCAGCCACACCAGGCCAACCACGAGGAUAUUUUGCACCGAAGAUCUGGUGUUGCUGACGGCCGACAUGCCGACGCUACUGGGCGUGGCGUCGGGUAUCUUCGUGCUAGCCGGCCUACUCUGCAUGGUGCUACACCUGUAUACCAAGGCGCGCUACCACCCCACGCAUCUGGCCGACGCGAGGCUCACGCCACCUUGUCUGUACUCGCUUAACGAUACAGGAGGCACGCUGAGCGGUACUCGCGCGUCGUCGCGCGCCUCUUCGCGCAGCGGCUGCACGUCGGGAACGCUGGACGAGCGCGACGGAGCAGGGUCGCGGCGCGCGUCGCGGCGCGCUGGUGUGGCGGUGUCGGCGUCGCGCGCAGGUGCGGCGCGCACCGCGGCCAUCUUGCUAAUCUCGCGCCACCUCAAGGCCGUAAGGCGGGACGGCGGCGCGCACCCGCCUAAGUGCGCCGCCAAAGGUGAUCUGGAUAAUGUAUGCGGCGCGGUCCCAUCAUCUGCACGUCUCGGUGUCCGGCUACCGACGGCUCCCGUGCCCAAUCUCAAUGCAGGCCUGCUCCGCUUCGUCGGGACCUGA